AUGUGGGCACGUGUGGCGGACAGGAUGCGCGCGCGUGCACGGGAGCGCGCGCGUGCACGGGAGCGCGCGCGUAGUGCGUCCGCGCCCAUCAGUGUCAUCAGUUCCCUGAACCCUCAUGUGGACUCCUGGUUACUAAACCCUUGGCCUGUCUCCUCGUUGUUGAUCGCUGCCUGCCUCGACCAGGACCAGACCCCGACUACGCUUCUUGGAUUACCCCUCUUGUACCUUGCUGCGGAUCUCCUUCAGAUGUAUGUCAAUCAAAGUGUGCCGGUUGAAUUCAGAAUUCUGGGAUUUCCUGGACCUCCCAGCAUGCAAUACAUUUUCUUCCUCCUCCUGCUGAUAACAUACCUAUUAACUCUCCUGAGCAACUCUGUGAUCAUAACUAUUACUCUGCGAGAGAGCCGCCUGCACACCCCCAUGUACUAUUACCUGCGCAAUCUCUCUUUUCUGGAAAUCUGUUACGUCUCUGUGACUGUCCCCAAAAUCCUCAGCACCCUCAACCCACGCGGGAGAUACAUUUCAUUCUACGGCUGCAUAACGCAGCUGUUUUUUUUCUUCGCUUUGGGGUCCACCGAAUGCUUCCUAUUCAGCGUUAUGGCCUACGACCGCUACCUGGCCAUCUGUCAGCCGCUGCGUUACACAACCUUGAUGGAUACAACCAAGUGCCGCGGUUUUAGCAUAUGUGCCGCCAUCGGAGGAUUGAUAACCACUUCCCCCCAAAACGCCUUAAUCUCCCGACUUCCCUUUUGUGGAAGUGAUAUCAGCCAUUUCUAUUGCGACUCGCCUCCCCUUCUUCAGCUGUCCUGUGCCGACACAUAUCAGAUAGACAUGAUGGAGUUCCUCAAUGCUUCCUUUGUGAUACUGACUUCUCUGCUGGUGACUUUGAUUUCCUAUGUGUAUAUCAUUGCCACCAUCUUAAGAAUACCAACUGCUACCGGCCAAAGAAAAGCCUUUUCCACAUGCUUUGCCCAUUUAAUAGUUGUGUUUAUGUAUUAUAGUACUAUUAUGUUUAUGUACGUGAGACCAAAAACGAGUUUUAGCUUUUCCCUGAAUCGAGUGGUGGCCGUGUUUUACACCGUGAUAACCCCGGUUCUGAAUCCCAUAAUUUACUGUUUGAGAAAUACAGAGGUGAAAGAAGCCAUUAAGAAGCACAUAGGCUUGUUGAGGAAUGGGUAA